GAAAGAACGUAGAGUUUAACUGAAAGAGUUGAAUUAGUUGGAUAAACAGAACAGGUGGGGAUUUCUAUGUUGUAGACUGUAGUAAUAUCAUUUCGACCAGAAAUUGUAAAAAAGAGCGGUAAAGGAAGGUGCUAUUGUUUGGUUCAAGGUCAAGAAGCAAAGAGGUAAAAAGUAAAAUGGUAAAAUAAGAAACUGAGGUGCCACGUAAUGGGGUGCCGGUGGUAGCCAAUGAUAGGAAGGCAAAAAUAUAUAGAGCCUCGAGGUUCGGGCCCAAAAAAAUAGAAUCCGACUUUGCAUUGGAACUUGGAAAAACUUGGGAUAUUCGUUUCAUAUGGUCAUUGGAGUUGGUUGGUAUUGGGGGUGGUCCAUAUAUAUAUAAAUUAAGUUAAAGAAAACGAUCCACGCCUGCCCGCUAACUUACCCGGCGCACUUCCGACAUGGUCAGCCAUGGGCCCACCUCAUGAACCAUCUCACCCACCACCACCUCCUUCUCCACCGCCAUCUCCACCACCACACUUCUUCUCCUCUGCUCCACUCCAUCUCCACCUCUCCACUCCCAUUCCCUAAAAACCCCUCUCUCUCUCUCUCUCUCUCUGAAAGUCCAAAUGGCCACGCCGCCACCAUCUGCCUCUGCUUCACCUUCACCUCCCGCCGCCAACGUCACCGCCAAGAAGCCCCAACCGCUUCCCUGGACCCACCAAGAGACGGUCCACCUGAUCCAAGCCUAUCAGGAAAAAUGGUACUCCCUUAAACGCGGUCAGCUCAAGUCCAGCCAGUGGGAAGAAGUCGCCGUCACCGUCGCCGCUCGCUGCGGCUACGACUACUCCGAACCCUCCAAGACUGCCAUCCAAUGCCGCCAUAAGAUGGAGAAGCUCCGUCAACGCUACCGAGCCGAGAAGAAGCAGCGUCUGGGGCUCUCCGGUGCCUCCUCUUCCUGGCAGUAUUUUGACCUCAUGGACUCACUUGAACGCGGUCCCUUGCCUAUCUCGGCGCGACCUAUGGUCGCCGUGCCCUGUAGCCAUGUUGAAGCUCAGGAAGAUGAAGAUGAUGAUGAGGAUGAGGAGGAUGAUGUUGAAAACCAUAGCAAUAAGUCGAGGAGUAUCAAUUACAUACUAAGACGACCAGCGGUUGUAAAUAGGUUCGCUGGGGAGCCAAAAUUGAGCAGAGAAGGAGGAGGAGGAGGAGGAGGAGGAAAUGAUGGAAAUUGGGGGUUCUCGGGGUCGUUGAGAGAGCCGGUGGCGAAAAAGAGGAAGGAGAGCGUGGAUGAGGAUUAUGAGGAGGUGGAAGUGGAGGGACAGAGAGGGCGAGAAUUGGUGUUGAAAUUGGCUGGAGAGAUAAGAGGGUUCGCUGAUAGGUUUAUUGGGAUGGAGAAUAUGAAAAUGGAGAUUCUAAAAGAAACUGAAAGGUGCAGGAUGGAAAUGGAGACUAAACGGAUGGACAUGAUCUUACAAUCCCAGCACAAGAUUGUGGAUUCCAUUGCCAAAGCUUUUGAGUCUUCCAACCAUCAGUUCAACAUGGCUCAACAAGAAAUGUGAAAAAAAAAAAAAAGAGUCCUGAUUUUUUAUUUUUCCUUUUAACUGUUUCACUUUUCCAUUUUAGAAGUGGAAAUGAGUUGGUUAUUAGGUUUUUUUUAAAUUAUUAUUAAAUAAUUGUUGCAUAGCAAUGUUGAGCUUGCACCCUCA